CUGCCGCGCUUAAUCCGUGCGCUACCUACGAAUGUACGGAUUGCACGUGACAUCUCGCGUAUUUCAUCGCGUAUUUCAUCUGGCGAGUCUGAUGUACAUGGCUGUCUGUACAAGUACGUCGAAGAGUCUAGUGUGGCAGCUGUUUCGAGAGUUCGAGUCCCACAAGCUCCCUCGGACACCCUCUUGGAACUGGAACACGCUCGAUCAGCGCAUCGCGCAACGACUACCGAAAACGCACAUCGGCGGAACAUUUUGGUCAUGCCUUGUUGGUACAAGCAAACGAGAUUACCCUUCCUCCAUCUCACUCCGCAAACAGACGCUCCAAUUUGUGUGAUUGACACCACUUAAAUCUUGACCCAAGCAUCAGAUUGGUUUACAACCAACUGUCACUACGAACUAAGCCUUGGCACAAGACGAGCUACCAUGAGGAAGCCCGCCUCGUGGUACCAAUUGCUCGUUAUCGGCCGGGCCUUUCGGCGAUAUAUUAUAGCUAUUCUAGUUUGGUGUUCUGCGUCACCAGCACUGGUCAGCCAACAUCGAGCAACCGCGGGGUCACCAGGCCCGAAGGACGUACAAUGACAUCCUCCCCGCGGGGAGAGCUGUCUAUACAAUGGGGUCCUCAGCGCUGUCUGCAGGAGUAUUGGCUUUUGUUGAAGGGAGGACAGGUGGCAGAGGAGAGACGACGAUGAUGGUGCACGGCGGCCGCAAGCGAGAAGGCAAAAGAGAUCGCGGCCGCAACGAUAGGGACAAGGUGGUUGGCCUCGAUUCUCGGCGUCGUUCGAUCGAGAGGAAAACGGAUCAAAUGGGAACGAUUCGGGUAACUUGAUCCGGGGGAUCGCUCGUUCGCCAACGCGUAAUUCCCAUGCAAUCAUGAAUCCCGGCGUUUCGCGGAGGGGCAAUCGAAGAGCUCCCAAGUGACGUCACUCUCUCGCUCGCCUUUCUUUUCACGGCGAUGGUCCUUCGAUACCAUCGUCGUUUCCCCGCGUGCGUUCUUAUUAUGUAAUAACGGUAACGUACAGUCGAAAAGGCGAGUCGGUCGUUUCUGGGAUAAAUCGAAUCGUGCCGUGUUGGCACAGAUAAAAUAUGCUAGUACCGUUUGAUCACGUGUCAUGGUGUAAAGCAUGACAUUUGCCGCAUUGAAAUUUUUAGUUUUUUCGUAAGCGCGUUCGCGCAAUCGUUCGACAAACUUUGUCUCUUACUUACUUCGAUUUAAAUUAAAGUAGUUGGUUUAAUUAGCGCAGGAGCUCGAGUUACCAAAGGACGAACAGGAAAUUAUUGAGAUACUGAAGAACCUUACGCAUCAAGCCACUCUGUACAGAUCUUAUUACAAACAUUGGAAGAACAUCGCUGAUCAAGUAGUUAUCUCAUAAAAUAUUUUCUUUUAAUUCCGUGAUAUAAUGGGAGUUCUGUUAAUUCCGACAAGCACGGUUCUUUAUUGCCCGCAACGUACUUGCGAAUCUCAUUAUGGAAAUACAAGAAUUUUCUCGGAGAUAUCAGAUAUUUCGUUAGUUUUAGUGGACGAAACGAGCGAAACACGAGAGAUUAAUGCUCAGGGAAAACGUAAUAUUAAAUUACAGGAAUAAUAACAACGUAGAAACAAAUAAAAAUCAAUUAUCGGGAUAACGAAUAUCGUAAUGCCUGGCGAACAUAACGAGAUGCGACGUUUCAAGGAAAAGAAACUUCUGAUCUCGUUAUAAUACAUUUGAUGUCUCGCAUUUUUAUGCAGCACUUGGGUUCACGCCGUCGUCAUCAAUCUCACAUCGCCGCGUCAUUCAUCAGUGUCCGCGCUCGCAUUAUCACGUAUCCGUUCGCAUUAUCACGAUCUUACUUUCGGCGUAGGCCGAGAAGGAAACCGCUCACAGGAAGGUGAUACCCACUGCGAGAUUCCUAGGAAUUCUCGACGAUGAAUCGCCGAUGAAUGCAGCAGCUUCGCAGACCGCUCAAUAUUCAAUGAGGCAAGCUGAAAGCGCCGUUGCUCAACCGACGGAGGAACCGAUGCCUGCAACACUGAUGCCGACAUCGAGCGGGAUUGAUUCCUCGACGGAUGCACCUGGUCAGGAAAUCAUCGAGGAGGCGAUAGGAGGUCUGUUCGCGAUAGAGCUGGACGAGCCGGAAACGAUGCCGACGACGGUCACGGUGGAGUCAAACAACUUGAUGCCCUUGCUCAAAAUCAUUUCGACAUCGCCCGCGCAAGAAGCAGCUGCGAAACGCGAAGCGGCCGGAAAGCUAGUAAUGGAUAUGGCAGGUGCCGACCGAAAUGGUCCAUACUUCUUUUACCUAAGGACGGAGCCCGACAUAGAUAUAGCAAUCGAACACAAUGAUGAGAAGGUAAUACCGGAUCCUGGUCGCGAACGUAUUUCCGCUAAUCGCAAAUACCUUUAUUUUAAUCUGAGAGAUGAGCAACGAUAAACAAUCCAAGAAACUAGGAACAAGACACAAUUUUAUCAGUAAUAAUGUAUUUCCUGUUUUCAAAGAGGCAAGAAAAGGAAGAAAAAAUUUCAACGACAUAUAAGCGAUAUGUAUACCCUGCGUUCGUUUAUUCUUGUGAAAAAUAAUCCAGUGGUUAAGUAAAAUAUGAUCGUUACACGGGGCAACUUCCGUAAGCGCCCGUAAUCCUGCAGAAGUUGCGGCAUUAAAGCGACUUCGCGAAGUCGAAGUGCACGAGUGCCGCUCCGCAAUCUCUACCGUGUGUAUCUAUGUGUAAUCCGUCGCAGUGUGGGACGCGAGACUCUCUCUCUCUCUCUCUCUCUCUCUCUCUCUCUCUCUCGGUGUACUUAAAUUAUGGUAGCCAGCUAUCAACAUGCUUUCGCAGCAAAAUAUGUGAGCGUUAUAGCAGUGAUAAAGGACGUGGUAGUGGCCAAAUCCGACCGCACCAUUAGUUUCCGCCUUGAAAGCGGCAGCGGACAUAUACACGCCACUGUUCAGCGAAAUCGGAAUCCU